AUGGAUUUAAAAAGAAAAUCAAUCUUCUCGCUGCCUACAAGCAGCCAAGGAAAAAAAACCAAGAGCUCUAAUCAAAAGAAUGAGUCAGAUGUUAUAUUGGGGCAUUUCCCAUAUGGAAAUAAUGAUACACGAUCCCCGCUCAACACAUUGGAAAAGCUCCUCGGGGAAAUUAUAGACAGUCCCCAUUCCACACAGAAUUAUACAUCUACAACCGGUUCGGAGGUGGUGAAAGCUGCUGCUGAACUGGCCAAGGCACUCAAAAUUGCGAAAACUUCACCAAACACAUCUGCUCAUACAGUUAAACAUGUUGACUAUAUGCACCGGGAAAAUCUACUUGAUACAUCUGCCAUCUUGGAAGGCGAAAGCGACUUGCCGGUCUUGCCGCCCAUUCUAGAUGAGGGUCUUCAAAAGGCCGUCUUCACUCACCCUGGCUUGAGCAACAACAAUAAGACGACCUACGACCGACUUGAAAUUCUCGGGGACGCAUACAUUGAAUUGAUUGCUACGAAGUUAGUAUGGGACAGGUUUCAGGAUAUCCCGUCUGGUCGCAUUUCACAGAUCAGGGAACUCUUGGUGAAGAAUGAGACUCUUUCUGAAUAUGCAACAAAAUACGGACUUGAUCGCAGAGCCUCUGUGCCCCAGGGCUAUCUAGAUCAGCCGAAGCGGUGGACCAAGACUAAAGGCGAUAUUUUCGAGGCUUAUGUGGCUGCUGUCAUACUAUCUAACCCGGCUCAGGGCUUCAAACUAGCCGAAUCAUGGUUGACGCAGUUGUGGCUACCAAAGCUUACGGGACUUGGAACUCAAAAAUCGACCCUUCAAGCGAAGGAGGCUCUUUCAAAGAAGGUCAUGGCUAAAGGAGUCAAACUCGACUAUAUUGAUGAACUUCCACCGGUCACGUCAAAAGGUGGAAUGCAAACCUUUUUUAUUGGUGUGUAUUUUACUGGCUGGGGAUGGAAUAGAAGGCAUCUAGGUUCCGGUCAAGGCCGUAACAAAGCAAUAGCUGGGGAUGAGGCAGCAAAACAGGCGUUACGAAACAACCCAUUGAUUGACGAAAUCGCUGAGAGAAAGAGAGACUCAUUUGAACAGGAACAAAGACGAAAAGCAUAG